UCCUCCUCCCCCUGCCACGCAUGCGCAGUCCAGCAUCGAGCUGACAACAAGCUAUCGGAUGUGAGCCUGUGAUAUGGGCACUGCGCUGGAAAUCAUUCGAAUAAGAGUCAAACGAACAAAGCCUUGCAAACAUUUAACCGUCAUUAAACACAUACUAUAAUAGCCUCUCUGCAUCCCCACUAUGCCGAGCAAUAAGUUUGAGAGACCUGACAGGCAGGAGGGCAAUGACAAUGUCAAGGUGGUGGUAAGAUGUCGUCCCUUCAACCAGAAGGAGAAGAUGAUGAGUCACAAACAGGCCGUCAGUGUGGACGAGAUCCGUGGGACCAUAUCCGUCAGCAAACUGGAGACCCCCCAUGAGCCUCCUAAGACCUUCACGUUUGACACCGUGUUUGGACCAGACAGCAAACAGCUGGAUGUCUACAACCUCACUGCCCGCCCCAUAGUUGACUCAGUAUUAGAGGGAUACAAUGGCACCAUUUUUGCAUACGGGCAAACUGGCACAGGAAAAACAUUCACCAUGGAGGGUGUGAGGGCAGUGCCAGAACUCAGAGGGAUAAUCCCAAACUCCUUUGCUCAUGUUUUUGGUCACAUUGCCAAAGCAGAGGGUGACACAAGGUUUUUGGUUCGUGUUUCGUACCUGGAGAUUUACAAUGAGGAAGUGCGAGACUUGUUGGGCAAGGACCAACUGCAGAGGCUAGAGGUAAAAGAAAGACCGGAUGUUGGUGUGUAUAUCAAAGACCUCUCUGGUUACGUCGUGAACAAUGCCGACGACAUGGACAGGAUUAUGACGCUGGGCCACAAAAACCGGUCUGUCGGAGCAACAAACAUGAAUGAACACAGCUCCCGUUCUCACGCUAUCUUCACCAUCACCAUCGAGUGCAGUGAGAAGGGUGUUGAUGGAAACCAGCAUGUCCGCAUGGGAAAGCUUCAUCUGGUUGAUCUUGCUGGCUCGGAGAGACAGGGCAAGACUGGAGCCACAGGUCAGCGUUUAAAGGAAGCGACAAAGAUCAAUCUUUCUCUCUCCACACUGGGCAACGUCAUCUCUGCCCUGGUUGACGGCAAGAGCACUCACGUGCCCUACAGGAACUCUAAACUAACCCGACUGCUGCAGGAUUCAUUAGGAGGAAACUCCAAGACCAUGAUGUGUGCAAAUAUAGGCCCAGCAGACUAUAACUAUGAUGAGACCAUCAGUACCCUGCGCUACGCUAAUAGGGCUAAAAACAUCAAGAACAAAGCCAGGAUCAACGAAGAUCCUAAGGAUGCCCUAUUGCGCCAAUUUCAGAAGGAGAUUGAAGAGCUUAAGAAGAAACUGGUGGAAGGUGAAGAGAUCUCUGGCUCAGAGGGCAGUGGAUCAGAAGAGAUGGAUGAAGGUGAUGACGAAGGAGGUGUGGCAGGAGAAGGCCGCAGGAAAAGAAGAGGCAGUAGCAACAGCAGCAAUAGUUCAGAAUUUGCCUGCUCCUCCUCAGUGCCACUGCCCACUGAGGAUGAACCUCAGAAUAAAGAAAGAGGGAGGAAGAAGGUUUCCCCGGACAAAAUGGUGGAGAUGCAGGCAAAGAUUGAAGAGGAAAGAAAGGCCUUGGAGGCCAAGCUCGACAUGGAGGAGGAGGAAAGGAACAAGGCAAGAGCAGAGCUUGAGAAGAGGGAGAAGGACCUUCUUAAAGCCCAGCAGGAGCAUCACCUUCUGCUGGAUAAAUUGUCGGCCUUGGAGAAGAAGGUAAUUGUGGGUGGGGUGGACCUCUUGGCCAAGGCUGAGGAGCAGGAGAAGCUUUUGCAGGAGUCCAACAAUGAACUGGAAGAACGUCGCAGGAGGGCCGAAAAGCUGCGGAGGGAGCUGGAGGAGAAAGAGCAAGAACGUCUGGACAUAGAAGAGAAGUACACUAGUCUGCAGGAGGAGGCUCAAGGAAAGACCAAGAAGCUGAAGAAAGUAUGGACCAUGCUGAUGGCUGCCAAAUCAGAAAUGGCAGAUCUACAGCAAGAGCAUCACAGAGAGAUCGAGGGCCUCCUGGAGAACAUUCGCCAGCUGAGUCGAGAGCUGCGACUCCAGAUGCUCAUCAUAGACAACUUUAUUCCCCAGGAAUACCAGGAGAUGAUAGAAAAUUACGUGCACUGGAAUGAAGACAUUGGAGAAUGGCAGCUGAAAUGCGUGGCAUACACUGGCAACAAUAUGAGAAAACAGACCCCUGCUCCAGACAAAAAAGAAAAAGAUCCAUUUGAGGUGGAUCUUUCCCAUGUGUAUCUGGCCUACACAGAGGAGAGCAUGCGGCAGUCACUGAUGAAACUAGAGAGACCCAGAACCUCUAAAAGUGGCAAAAGUGGCCGACCCAAGACUGGCCGGAGGAAAAGAUCUGUGAAGCCAGAAGCCGUGAUCGAAUCGCUUCUGCAGUGAAAACAGCAGCGUCAAUUCACCGUAUCUUUUGUGUUACUUUCAGAAAAGAAGUCCUUAGUCGAGUCAAAUUAAUAAUUGUUGAUCAUAAUUUAAAAGAUUAUCUGAAUACACUGUAUAAAUAGUAUCGUUUUAAAUGUGACGGAGCUGCACCUAUGAUUGGAGUAAGACCUCUUGGCCAAGAGGACCUGUUCUUUUUCUUGUAGUGUAACUCUUCUUUGUGGAUGUCCAACCUUUUGGUGUCGCUUUGGAACACAUUUUGUUGGCAGCAGCUUCUGAUCAAAUAACGCUCUUCUACCUUAGCACCUCUUUAGCAUCAAGGAGGAAUAUACACUAAACAUUUUUCACAUGCAACACAUUUGGUUAUGAAAAUGACAAACACUCUGAAAGAAGAUUUCUUAAACAGAGUUGUGGACAUGAACUAUAAUCUGCAUCCAUACCCUUUGAAAUGUGUUGUGUGUUUUAAAACACUAAUUGUUUUGCAACAAAUAUCACACCGUUUAAGUUGUAACUUCUUAAUUACAGAUUUCCUGCUAUGUAAGAAAUGGAUUCAUAUUAAACGGCCCAUGCUGAUAGGAAUACAUUGUAAUGGAACUCUGAUUAAGGGUGUUAAUUUACUUGCACAGGGUAUGUAGUAUCAAGUAUGAAACUGUAAAGUGCAUUAUAGCAUUUUUUCUUUAGGUCAGAAGCAUAGGGGCAUGCAUGCCAGCCAGCUCCUAUGUUAGUGCCAUUUGUUAAUCUAAGCAAGUCAUCUUUUUAUUUAUUUUCAAAAGUCAGAACCCUUUGUGUUAUAUUGAUUUACACCAUACAUACUGUAUGCCUUAGUUUAAUGCACUAGUAUGAGGUUUUUGUGAAGAUCAUUUAUUUCAUGAUGUUCUGUAGAUACAAACUGACUAUUAUUUUGUAUCAUAAUGUGUUUCAAAUGUUUACAUGCACCAAACCCCUGGAUAUUUUAUUUAUUAAAUUAUU